GUAGUGCGAACCAUGGGAGGAGGCUGGUGGUGGGCUCGGGUCGCCCGCCUGGCCCGUCUCCGCUUCCGGAGGUCGCUGCUGCCGCCUCAGCGGCCCCGGAGCGGGGGCGCCCGGGGGUCCUUCGCCCCCGGCCACGGCCUCCGCGCCGGGGCUUCGCCUCCCCCCGUGUCCGAGCUAGAUCGCGCGGACGCUUGGCUCCUCCGGAAGGCACACGAGACAGCCUUCCUUUCCUGGUUCCGCAAUGGCCUCCUGGCAUCGGGCAUCGGCGUCAUCUCCUUCAUGCAGAGCGACAUGGGUCGGGAAGCUGCCUACGGCUUCUUCCUGCUGGGCGGCCUGUGCGUGGUGUGGGGCGGCGCCUCCUACGCCGUGGGCCUGGCCGCGCUGCGGGGGCCCAUGCAGCUGACGCUGGGGGGCGCGGCCGCGGGCGUGGGCGCCGUGCUCGCCGCCAGCCUGCUCUGGGCGUGUGCCGUCGGCCUGUACAUGGGCCAGCUCGAGCUGGACGUGGAGCUGGUGCCCGAGGACGACGGGACGGCCACCGCAGAAGGCCCGGACGAGGCGGGCCGGCCGCCCCACGAGUGAGGACCGGGACAUU